AUGGUGAAAUCAACCAUAAUCGCCCGUGUAUCCGAUGGCCUACCUUUGGCAGCUAGCAUGGAUGACGAACAGGUGGAAACUGAGCUUGCUGAAUACAAGGGCCAAGCAAAGACUAUCUUCAAACGACUCAACGUCAAUUCAGAACCAAGAUGCUCCAUUGAAUCGGGCCACUACGUUUUUCACUAUAUCAUCGAAGGGAGCGUAUGCUAUCUUUGUAUCUGCGACAAGUCGUAUCCAAGGAAACUCGCCUUCAGCUAUCUGGAAGAACUCGCCAAAGAAUUCAACAUGAGCUAUGGAAACGAAGUUGAAAAGCCAGGAUUGAGACCGUAUGCCUUUGUCAAGUUUGAUACAUUCAUGCAAAAGACCAAAAAGAUCUAUCAAGACACAAGAACACAAAGCAACUUGUCCAAGCUUAAUGAAGACCUACAGGAUGUUACACGCAUCAUGACAAAGAAUAUGGAGGACUUGCUCUGGCGUGGUGAUAGCUUGGAUCGGAUGAGCCAUAUUUCUGGAGAACUCAAAGACAGCGCAAAGAUGUUCAAGGACAAGGCAAGACAUCUUAAUUGGCAGGCUCUCUACAGAAAGUACGGACCACCCGUUAUCAUUGCUUCAGUCAUUUUGUUUGUGCUUUUGCUUAGGUAUUACGUCUUUUAA